AUGGUGGUGUUGGAGUUGGAGGAGGUGCAGGUAGUGGGUGAUGCUGGUGGUGGCGUUGGAGGAGGUGCUGGUGGAGGAGCAGGUGGUGGUGCAGGAGGUGGGGCUGGUGGUGGAGUUGGAGGUGGAGCAGGCGGGAGAGUAGGAGGAGGAGCUGGUGGAGGCAUUGGUGGUGGUGCCGGAGGUGGAGCAGGUGGAGGUGUGGGAGGAGGCGCUGGAGGAGGCCUUGGCGGAGGUGUUGGAGGUGGGGCUGGUGGCGGAGUAGGGGGUGGAGCAGGCUGCUGGGCGAGGCUGCGUUGCUGCGUUGUUGCUGUGUCUGCGUUGCUGCUGGGACGAAGAAGAAGAAGAUAG